UGUGAACCCCAUAUUUGUUCUGAAAAACCCUUGUAGGGAAUUGUGUAACCCCUGAAUCCAAUUCAGCCGCGCAUUGCACUACGUGUCAUUCCACAGUGCAGCAGCAGUUAUCAGGUUAUAAAGAAAAAAAAGAAGAAAAAUUGUAAGUGUCUAACUUUAAAACAUUACACACAUACACUUUGCAUAAAAAUACCUCUGGGGUCAACUUAUAAGCUUGAUCCCCAGUUAUAAAACUUGUUGUUUAAACAAUACCAAAUAAAAAGGCCCUUUAGCAGAGACACCGGUACAUGCCCAAUUUUAAAUAGUUCAUAUAUAUAGUUGUAAUACGUGUCACCAUGGCUAGAGUGCAUAUAAACUCAGCUACUUUUGAGGAAUUGUUAUCAAUUCCAGGGGUAGGGGCAAAAAUAGCAGCAAAGAUUUGGGAAUUGAGGGAGGAUAAGGGUAUCCUAGAGUUGGAGGAUCUCAGGUAUGUCCCAUAUAUGAGACUUACGGAAGCAGCCAUGGAUGCCAUGGAUUUUAGUACCUCCUUGCCAUCCAACAGGGGGGCUGACAAAUUUUGCAAGGAGGAGAUAGGGCACCAAGAAAAAGUGCAACGUAUUGAUAAUCUAAUACAGGCACGCGGCAGGGGCCAGACCACCACCCAUGACUACCCCACCCCAGCAGGAGAAACGCCAAGGGCAAGGGCGGCUAGGUCACCUUCCCCCUCCCAGCACCUAAACUGGCAAGAUGGUGGGGAACUUAACCGGGGGUUCAGGGAAGAAGGGGUCUACCAGGACAGAAGGGACAAGCCCAUGCCCCAGUAUGGGAAUACCAGAGACUACAGGUAUGAGGAAACACCUCGAUCCCGGUAUAGCAAUGCAGGGAGCACAGGCAGGGAAAGGGGGGCUUAGCUAACCGGUAUACCGAUAGUGAGGGCCCAAGGUUUAGAGACGCCCAUAUCGAAAAUGAGGCCCCAGUGACGAGACAGGCCAGUAGUAUGGGGUACCCAGGGGCAGCAAGACGGGAAACUGGAGACCAAAGGAGUUCUCGAAGGGAUGCAUAUGACCACCAGGAGGCUAUGGCGGGGUCGGAUACCCAGAGAUUUCAAGACAGGCCAAGGGGGCCAACUGGGGGCAAACCACCCAUCCUACAAAAGAGUCUCAAGUACGAUGGGAAGACUAAUUGGCAGGCUUUUUACGCCAAGUUCUCGCGAUUGUGCCAGGUCAGUGGAUGGUCUCAAGGGGAGUGCAAGGACCAAUUGUGCUGGUCCCUAGAUGGAAAGCCCAGUGAGUUUUAUGCCUUGCUGGUGGAAAGAAGGCAUGAUUUGUCCUACGAGGAUUUAGUGAGUAAGUUGGCCAAAUGGUUUGGGUUCAAUGAGUUGCCAGAAACCGCUCAGGACCACAUGUACCAACAGGCGGUCAUGAGAUUGUGCCAGGGGGCCUCAGACAAGGAGGGGGGAAUGUUGGCCUCCAAUGCUAAACCCAAGAGUAUUGAAGAGGCGGUGGACAAAAUCAGGUGGCAUCAACAUAACCACCAAGCCAUAUAUGGCCGUGCCGCCAGAAAGGAGGUUAAAAGUGUCAGCCCUGAUACCAGAGGUAAGGGUGGGGACAAUUAUACCAUAUGCUCCACCACAAGGUCCGAAGCCAUUGGU